AUGAUUAGAAAGGAGGAUUCUACAGAAAUUCUGAAAAUAGUUCAGGAGACGCAUGCCCAUCCCGAUACAAUGGAUAUUAAAACUUUUACCAACUUCAUAGGGAAUGAGCUUAUAAGAAAAUUCAAAUUAUUUGAUGCAAUAUUAGUUAAAGAAGGAUUGAACAAUGAAUUCCUUAUACUUCAUCAAAUGUGGAAUUAUUUCGGAAAGCCUGAUAACGAAGACAAUGCCAUAGAGACAGUUAACAUGGAAGUUAUGGAGUAUAAAAACGAAGAACAUUCCAGUGAAUUGGAAGAGGCCAGUACUAGAUCAGAAGCGUUAGUUGAAUUAAAAGAGCCCGGUCCAUCAAAAAAUAUACAAAGUGAUGCCAAACUUUCCAAAAUCACUGGGGAUUGUGAAACUUCAGAUCCCUUUAGUAUAUUUAUUCAUACUCCAGGAGGCAGAUCAGAACCAAAAACUAGGCCUUUACAUGUGAAUUCAACUGAUAUUGCAAAAGAUGAUGAUCUGUUCAUGUGUCACCUUUGUUACAAGGAGGAAAGCGAUGAUGGAGCCGAUAGUGAAGAUUUUGAUGAGAAUGAAGAGGAAGGUGGCUUGGAAAUAGAUCAAAACAAAAACGACAAUGAUUUAAAUGAUACAAAUUCAGACGAAAAGAAGAAAACUGAUGAAAAUGAGGAGGAGAUGAAUUAUUCUCUUUGUAUAAAUUGUGCCAAAUAUUAUUAG